AUGUUGCCCGAGGUGGACGGUAUUGAACAGUUGUACAGGCGAUUUUUCCAGGAAGCCCAAGAAUUACCCAAGAAACAACAUGUUAAAAAAAAUUGUCAGAAAGCUCAAAAAGGAUCAAAACUGUACAAGGAUGGAGGGUGGACCAUGUACGUAUCGGGAAAUGCUUCAUCCUUUGCAGUACUAUCGGCCGCUCGAUAUGCUGUGUUUGAUAGACAUGCUAAAAAAUCUGACGAAGCAUACUGGAACUCAUCAUCAGCUCCAAUAUGUGUCAAAACUCUUAACCGAGUGCUACAGUCUUCAAACAAUAUUCAGGCUAUUUCGUGUUCAGAAAUUUUCAUCCCUAAGGUAGUAGGCAUAGGCUUACGUAGUGUAUUUGAACUAAUUAAAGAGAGUAGAGUACCAUCACCAGACAUAUGUACUAAAGCUUUAAUGGCUUUGUUAGAUAUCAUUCAGUACCAAUCUCCAGAAGCUUUAAAAGAUGAACCAUCAGAAGUUAUAGAUCCAUUAUAUGAACUUUUAUUGGAUAUGGCAACUGGAAACUAUGAUAAUGGGACUUAUGAUUUUAAAGCAGUUUCGUGUUCUUGUCUUAUAAGUUUAGUUAUAGUUAGAGGAGAUACUGGUAAAAUAUUAAACACUUUGACAACAUUAAUCAUGUGCCCAAAUAAUGCAUCUCCUAGAAAAAUAAUUUUACCAAAAGUCUUGACUAGUCUGCAAAAAUGUGUCCGUGUUCUUACUCAUGGGGAUUAUGAAACUCCUGAUUGGAUGUCCAAUGGAGUUCCAAAAUCAUCUGAAAUUAUAACAUUAAAUUUGAACUAUUUACAGAAUGUCAAAGGAAUGGCAUGUGAUGGAGAUUAUUUGUAUACUUAUUCAGAAUAUGGGUUUCAUAAAAUUGGUACUGGUUUUGGUGGUACAGUUAGUGGACAUCCAUAUGUCAGUGUAGCUCGUACAUCAAGUCUUAGUUUACAUUCUAGUGAUGUUUGUCUUGGAUUUUAUCAAAAAAUGUUAUACUUAAGGGUUUAUUAUGCAAACCAGACUUGCAGUCAAGAAAUUGAAUUUUUAGAUAGAGAUACAUUUAAAAAAUUAGGACGAGUUCAGCUAGAUACUUCAGUCACAUUGGAUACGUCUUGUAAACCUGUAUUCAAUGAUAAAGAUAGAUUAUGUUUCCUUGAUCAAUCUGCAAACAAUUAUGUGAUUAAGAGUAUUGAUCCUAGUACUGGGAAACUUGUUAAUGAAGUUCCUCUUGUAUUAAGCCGUCGUAAUGUACGAAUUUAUGGCGUUUCUGAACUAUGGGAUUCUAUUACAGCUGAAAGUGCUAUUAACAGUGCUACUGAUGAAGAAGUAUCUUCUGUUGCCACUUUAAAGGAUUGUUUUAUUAUAUCUGUUAAGUCUGGAAAAGCAUUGCAAUGGUUAAAAUCGAAUGGACAAAGUACUAUGAAUUGUUAUCGUUCUGUAUGGUCAGAGUUAAGUUUACCUAAUCCAUGUAAAAUCAUCAAAGUAGCAGCUGGUCAUGAUGGCUUACACUGUGUGUUGCUUUGCGAUACGGGAUCAGCUUAUUUCUUAGGAGUAUCACGACGUGGUGAAGAUUGUGAUAAUGGAAGAUACAGAAAGCAACCAAGAGUACUGAAGCCAAAAAGGAUAACUAAAAUAGAUGGACAGUUUAUCGUGGAUGUAGCUUGUAAUAAUGGUACAACGGCAUUAGUGACUAAAGAUGGUCUUUUGUAUAUGUUUGGAAAAGAUGAUACUUAUUGUGAUAUACAUACUGGUCUUGUAAAAGAUUUAAAGAAUGCUAAAAUUGUUCAGAUAGCUUUAGGAAAAGCACAUGCAAUUGCAUUGAGUGCUAAAGGACACAUUUAUAGUUUUGGAAUUAAUAACAAAGGUCAAUGUGGACGUGAUAUAUGUAUCCCUCAAACUAAUAAAAACAAUUAUCCCGAAAUAACCAAUAAUGAAUCAUUAAAUCAAAUUAGUUCUGUGGAUGAACAGAGUAUAUUUGAGAAUGACUGCGAUGAUAAUAAACCUUGUGAAGAUACUUGUAAGCCAGGACAACAUAACUGGAAACAUGAUGUUUGCAUGGUUUGUACUGUAUGUGGUGAAUGUACAGGGUAUAGCUAUAGUUGUCUUAGCAGCAUACGAUCCAAUCGUAAAUCUGGCCAAGAAUGUGGUUGUGGUGAAGGAGAUGCUGGAUGCACUAUAUGUGGAUGCUGUCGUAUAUGUGCUCGAGAAGUUGAAGAUAAUUCAGAAUUAGCUUUGCUUGGACCAAAUGGCGCUGGUGAUUUAGCAGGAAUGAUGCGACUUGAUGUCAUAUUUGGGAUUGGAGAUAAAGCAAAAACAUCUCAAGAAGCAAGGCUUGAAGAUCAUUUAAAAAAGCGAUUGAAUAAACGCGAACAACGACAAAAAUUUAAUUCAGUACAAGCGGAUUCUUCUAGGGAUGCAGAUAUUGAUAGUAGUGUACAAAUUGCUAAUAAUACAAACAUUCAUUUUCAAACUCAUAACAGUAUAAUAGCUCGGAGUUUUGUUGAUGAUGCAGUUAAUAAUCCAGGGAGUGAUAUAGAAAGGGAUACUGCUAGAAUGACUAUUUUACCACCUGCCAGAAUAUUUUUACCUACAGACUGCCCGGUUAUUCAAAUUAGUUGUGGCUUACAUCAUACAGUAUUGUUACUGAGCAAUGGGAAAGUGAUAACAUUUGGUAGUAACUCUAAUGGCCAACUCGGAUGUAGUUUAUCACUCAGUAGAAAAGGCCCAACUGUAUUAAAAAUACCUCGCUUAAAACAUCCUAUUAUUAGCGUGUCAGCCGGUAGCAAUCAUACUGCGUUGGUAUCAAAAGAUGGUAAACUUUAUACUUUUGGAAGUUAUUUGAAAAGUCAACUUGGUCGUGAUAGUGGAUGCAAUCAUGUACCAUUGAGUGUAGAAGACAUAAAUCCACCUCACACCAGAAGAGCAAGAGUAGUUAUGUGUUGCGGUAAUCAAACAAUUGUAAAAGUUGAUGAGGCGUUAAUAAAUAGUAAAAUCUUAUCUAUUGCUGCCAACAAUGAUACUAUUUUGGUGAUGACUUCAAAUAAAUGCUUAGCUAUUAACAAACAAGAUGGCACUUGUAAUAGUUAUUCAGGGAAUAAUCAGAUACAAUUUGACGAAAAACAUACUGGAAUGUGGUGCUUUGACUUGUUAUAUAAUAACUUAUGGCAUAUUAGUGAUAUAAGUGAAAAAGUUGUGGUUACGUGCUACAAUGUGAAUAGUGCUUGUCGGAGACAUAAUGAUACUGGUUCCUUGUUGAAUUAUGAAUUAGCAUUACCACCUACUGCUGGGAUAUCAGUAUCUCGAAUUCAAGUUUUAGUAAAUUUACUGACUUGUAUGGACAUUUUAGCCCAAAAUUCAUCAUUGUUUCCUAUUGGCAUAGCAUCAUCUCAUAGUAAUAUACCAGUUGCAUCAAAUACGGCAGAGCCAAAAAAAGAAUUUUUACACAUUAACCGAUUUGCAAGUUUAGGCGGUGGUUGGGGGUAUUCUGGACACUCAGUUGAGGCUAUUCGGUUCUCAGUUGAUUGUAACAUUGCAUUAGUUGGUUUUGGCUUAUUUGGAGGAAGAGGAGAGUAUACAGUUAAACUUAAGAUUUAUGACAUCGGUGUGGAAGGUGGUGAGCGAGAAACUGAUGGUGAACUGUUAGCAGAAACUGAUGAACUUACUUAUGAAUGCGCUCCUAGACAAAAAAAUCCAGUUUUACUUGAUGAUCCUAUUGCUCUUUUUGCAAAUCGAUGGUAUGUGGCAUGUGCUAGAAUAACUGGUCCAUCAAGUGAUUGUGGCUCUAGUGGAAUGUGUAGUGUUACGAGUGAUGAACAAAUUACAUUUACAUUCAAAUCGUCUCGAAGAUCAAAUAAUGGUACAGACAUAAAUGCUGGGCAGAUACCUGAAAUAUUAUACAGAACUGUUAUUCCUGAUUCACUAUCAAUAUCAACUAUACAUACAUCAAAUAGUGAUAUUCAUAUAUUAAGUGAUGCUUUUUCACACUCAGUUAAUAAGGAAUCUUUUAAUGCUUUGAUAACGUUACUUCGAUGGUCAUGGACAACAAUCAAUAAAAAUAUAUCAGAUAUGUGUCUUCCAUAUUCGCAGAAAAACUUUUACAUGGAUUUAUCGAAAAAAGAUACAUCGUCAAUUUGUGAACUUAAACGACUGAUGUUUAUAAGUAAAUCGUGUUUCCAUUUACUUCGUUCUUAUAUUCACGAGAUAUAUCCAGACCAAGUUGACAAAAUUAAGCUACCUGAAACUGAAGCACUCGCCAGUUGCGUUGUUGAAGUUCGACAACUUUUGCAAAAAAUAUUAUCAGAUAUUCGGCCACACGAAGUCUUAAAAAAUGUUGAUAGGAUAUUCAUUGACAAUAAAGGUAGUGAAGUAGUGAAAAUUAUGAAGUGUAUUAAAUGGUUAAAUCAAAUAUUGAAUGAAUGUCAUUUGACAUUUGUGUCAUGUUACCAUGCGUUUUACCCAACACCUCAUUUGAAAUUAUAUUCACUAUGGGAACUAUUGAUGGACAAAAAAAAUACUGAUCAUAAGAAUAAGCUACUUACUGCGGUUGUGGCUGCAUUGUGUAACACUACAUAUAGACUCCGUGAACUUAUGCCAAUAUUGAAACCAACUAAACUUGAUAAAUCUGGAUCAUCAGAUCAAGAUCACCAGUAUUAUUAUCCAUUAUUAGUCAACGCUACCACAUCAACAGCCCAUAAUAGUUUAAAAAGUGAACCAAAUUGGGAAGUAUUACUCACACAUCUUUUAGACAUAAUAGGGUUACCAGUGCGAAAUGUGAUACUGAAUAGCAAAAAACCUGAUAACGAUUUGAAAUCACUUUCUACUAAUUGCUCGCAUCUGGUCGCAAGAGUUGUAGCUGAACUAUCAUCACAAGCUACUUUAUCUGAAGAUGGAACAGAAAUAGUUAAUGAAAGAGAAAUUUUGCUAACCACUCCAUCUAGAUUUGCUAAAAUCAACCAAACCAAAACAUGGAAUGCUGGUAAUGGUUCUCCUGAUGCAAUUUGCUUCUGGGUAGAUCGUGCCGGUAUUGCUAUUGCCGGUUGUGGGGUGUUUGCUGGAAUUGGAAAUUACGAAUAUGAACUUGAACUGUUGGCUGAGAAAAAACAGUUAGAAUUUGAUGAACCUCAUGGUAAUCGUUGGAAAAGUUUAAUAGUAACUAGAGGGUCAUUUGGGCCAGAUGAUAGUGCAAUGAAUUACGUUGCGGAUCUAAAAUUUGAUCACCCAAUACGAAUUAAGGAAAGAGUUAAGUAUGCAAUCCGUCUAAGAAACUAUGGUGGCCGAACAAAUAAUGGUGAUAUGGGGUUAAGUUGUGUAAAAGGACACGACAAUACACUUUUUUCAUUUAAUACAUGCUCAUUAAGCUUAAAUGGAACCACUCAAUCUCGUGGUCAAAUACCCUAUAUACUUUAUUAUAGUCAUGAUAAGAAUUGCGAUUUUGAACGUAAAGUGUGUAAUAAACUCAAAGCUCGGGAGAGUACAUUAUCAUUGUUGAAAACAGUUGUAGAAAAGUCAAUGGAGUUAAUAAAUAUGAGCGUUGAAAAAUUAAAAAAAGAUCCACUUGUGUAUAAAUAUUUAGGAGAAUCAGCUAUUGUGAAUGUAUUACUUCCGUUGGUGUUGGCACAUAUCGGCCCGCUGACAUCUUUUUCCAAAGACGCGAAGAGCGCUAUUCAUGUGUUGGAGCUCAUAAACAAGUUGCUACCGGCUGUGACGUCCAUUAAUUUGUACUCCGCUAACAAAUUAGACGUAAUGCAUAAAGACCUGAGUGAUAAAUUGGAUGGGUCAAAACAGUUCGGAAAGUUCAAAUCCUCCAAAACUGAAAUCAGAGACUCCAAAUGCACAACAACGUCCCAUCAUUAUGCGUGGGUUGAAAGUGAUCAUCCAUAUACAGCUGCGACCGUGUCUAAUUACAAAGUUAAAUUCCCAAAAGAAGUCAAAUGGUUGUGUCUAGAGUUUGACCCACGAAGUUGUACUGCACAGACUGAAGAUUCAUUGCAACUUUACAUACCAAAUUAUCGAGAUUAUAGUGAUGAUGAUAACAAACACGUAGUUACUACUCCUUACAUACCAGUUUUGAAAAAAUUUAGUAAUGACCCAAUGGAGUGGCCGUUCGCUGCUGUUAUGUUGCCCGGUAACGAAGUUAUGUUUUCACUGGAAACUGCGUCAGAUUAUCUUAAGAACGACAGGAUUUCUCGGUAUGGCUUUCGUUGUCUAGUAAUUGGGUACGAAGUAGAAGAGCUAAGUAAAUAUCAAGCUCUUGGCUAUGGUCUCGUUCAUUUGGAAACCGAACUUUCGUUCCUCGGAGGGAUGUGCGUCUCAACACUCUUAAAAUGUGAUAUAAUUUUACCCAACGACGAUUCUACGCAUGGCUUGGAACAAGGUUCAGUAUCAGCUGCUGAUCAGGUGUAUGCUAAACACUCGGGGUUAUUGAAAAAAGGAUUUGCGUUGGCGCCAUUUCUCAACAUUCAGCAGGUCAUGGACGGGGUUUUGCCAUUGAGGUGA